CAACCGACUUGCGGGCGUUUAGCGUUGCCAGAUCCCCCUCUCCUCCGUUAUAAAAGCAGCACUCCCUGUAGCUUUGUUCGUUUUUCUGAAACCCCAAUCCUGGGUCUGCCACUCUGCUAGGGUUUCAUCCCUUCGCUGCAUUCUCAUCCUCUUCGUUUAUUCGAACGUAAAAAACACGUAAUCCAAACACAAAACAAGAAGAAGAACAAGAAAGAAGACGAACAAGAAAAGAGAGGCAAAACCUAUUUGGAAUUGAAACUAAAUUUCAAAAAAAGAAGAAGCUAAAUUCCGAAAAUAGAGAGGGAAAUAAUGGACCUGGAAGAUGAGCAAGAGUACGAGCAGCAAAUGGAGGAGGAGGAGGAUGACGAGGAAGAGAUUACUCAGGAGGACGCUUGGGCUGUCAUCUCCGCCUACUUCGAAGAGAAGGGACUUGUUCGCCAGCAGCUCGAUUCUUUCGACGAGUUCAUCCAAAACACUAUGCAGGAAAUCGUGGACGAAUCCGCCGACAUCGAAAUCCGCCCCGAAUCCCAGCACAAUCCCGGUCACCAGUCCGAUUUUGCAGAGACUAUUUACAAAAUCAGCUUCGGUCAGAUUUACUUGAGUAAGCCCAUGAUGACUGAGUCUGAUGGUGAGACUGCUACCUUAUUCCCCAAGGCAGCUAGGUUGAGGAACCUCACCUAUUCGGCUCCUUUGUAUGUUGAUGUCACCAAAAGGGUUAUCAAGAAAGGCCAUGAUGGUGAAGAAGUCACUGAGACACAGGAUUUCACCAAAGUCUUCAUUGGCAAGGUUCCUAUUAUGCUUCGGUCUAGUUAUUGCACAUUGUACCAGAAUUCGGAGAAGGAUUUGACUGAGCUUGGGGAGUGCCCCUAUGAUCAAGGUGGAUAUUUCAUUAUCAAUGGUAGUGAAAAGGUUCUGAUUGCUCAGGAGAAGAUGAGCACCAAUCAUGUAUAUGUCUUCAAGAAGAGGCAGCCUAACAAAUAUGCCUAUGUUGCGGAGGUCCGCUCUAUGGCAGAGUCUCAGAAUAGACCACCCAGUACUAUGUUUGUUCGCAUGUUGUCUAGGGCGAGCUCCAAAGGGGGUUCUUCAGGACAAUAUAUACGUGCUACUCUUCCAUACAUUCGAUCAGAAAUUCCAAUCAUUAUUGUGUUUCGAGCAUUGGGCUUUGUUGCUGACAAAGAUAUACUUGAACAUAUUUGCUACGACUUCUCAGACACUCAAAUGAUGGAGUUGCUUCGUCCAUCCUUGGAAGAAGCAUUUGUGAUUCAAAAUCAGCAGGUUGCACUUGACUACAUUGGGAAAAGAGGAGCAACUGUAGGUGUAACUAAGGAAAAGAGAAUUAAGUAUGCUAAAGAGAUCCUCCAAAAGGAGAUGCUUCCUCAUGUUGGUGUUGGAGAAUAUUGUGAGACAAAGAAAGCAUACUACUUUGGAUAUAUCAUUCACCGGCUACUUCUGUGUGCCCUUGGACGGAGGGCUGAAGAUGAUAGGGAUCAUUAUGGCAACAAAAGGCUGGACCUGGCUGGGCCUUUACUUGGUGGUCUCUUUAGAAUGCUAUUCAGAAAGCUUACUAGAGAUGUCAGGGGCUAUGUGCAGAAGUGUGUUGAUAAUGGGAAAGAUGUCAACCUGCAAUUUGCUAUCAAAGCAAAAACCAUCACAAGUGGUCUUAAAUACUCACUUGCUACUGGUAAUUGGGGGCAAGCAAAUGCUGCGGGUACUAGAGCUGGAGUAUCACAGGUGUUAAAUAGAUUAACUUAUGCUUCCACUUUGUCUCACUUGCGAAGAUUGAAUUCUCCCAUAGGGCGUGAAGGCAAGUUGGCCAAGCCAAGGCAGCUGCAUAAUUCACAAUGGGGAAUGAUGUGUCCUGCAGAAACACCUGAAGGACAAGUGAGUAUUUUGCUUUCCAAGAAUACUGUACAAUGCUACUUUCCAUGAGUGAUCUUUCUCAGUUGUGUUUAUAAGUUUGAUUGGGCUAUCAUUUAGGCCUGUGCAUUGUGAAAUUUGCUUCAUUCUCUUUUAUGAUUUGUGGUUAAGAUUGUUUAUUUUCUGCUUCUAUAGGAAAUUUCUCCUGCAGUUAUUCCCCAAGCUACCAAAAUUUUUGUAAAUGGUUGCUGGGUGGGCAUCCAUCGUGAUCCCGACAUGUUGGUCAGAACAUUGAGAAAGCUGAGACGCCGGGUUGAUGUUAAUACUGAAGUUGGGGUUGUUAGAGAUAUCCGUCUUAAAGAAUUGCGUAUAUAUACAGAUUAUGGUCGCUGCAGUCGUCCUCUAUUCAUUGUGGACAAGCAAAGGCUACUUAUAAAAAAGAAGGAUAUUCAUGCUUUGCAACAGAGGGAAUCCCCGGAGGAGGGCGGAUGGCAUGAUCUUGUGUCCAAGGGCUUCAUAGAAUACAUAGACACAGAAGAAGAAGAGACAACUAUGAUUUCGAUGACUAUUAAUGAUCUUGUGCAAGCAAGACUUAAUCCAGAAGAAGCUUAUGCUGAUACUUAUACUCAUUGUGAAAUCCACCCGUCACUGAUUUUGGGUGUUUGUGCUUCUAUUAUACCAUUUCCUGAUCACAAUCAGUCUCCACGUAAUACAUAUCAAUCUGCUAUGGGAAAACAAGCAAUGGGAAUUUAUGUAACCAAUUACCAAUUUCGAAUGGAUACCUUGGCAUAUGUAUUAUAUUAUCCUCAGAAACCACUGGUGACAACAAGAGCAAUGGAGCAUCUACAUUUUCGGCAGCUCCCUGCUGGAAUUAAUGCCAUUGUGGCCAUUGCCUGUUAUUCUGGUUAUAAUCAAGAAGAUUCUGUCAUCAUGAACCAAUCAUCAAUAGAUCGUGGAUUCUUCCGGUCUCUGUUUUUCCGAUCAUAUAGAGAUGAAGAGAAGAAGAUGGGAACCCUUGUCAAAGAAGAUUUUGGUCGUCCAGAUAGGACCAACACCAUGGGUAUGAGGCACGGUUCUUAUGAUAAGCUGGAUGAUGAUGGCCUUGCACCACCAGGCACACGUGUAUCUGGUGAGGAUGUUAUUAUUGGAAAGACCACCCCAAUAUCUCAGGAAGAGGCACAGGGACAAGCUGCACGUUACACAAGACGUGAUCACAGCAUAAGCUUACGGCAUAGUGAAACGGGUAUUGUUGAUCAAGUUCUUCUGACAACAAAUGCUGAUGGAUUAAGAUUUGUGAAAGUGAGGGUGAGAUCUGUUCGGAUACCACAGAUUGGUGAUAAAUUCAGUAGUAGACAUGGUCAGAAGGGGACAGUUGGUAUGACUUACACGCAAGAAGACAUGCCCUGGACCAUUGAAGGCAUCUCCCCUGACAUUAUUGUCAAUCCACAUGCUAUUCCUUCUCGUAUGACUAUUGGCCAGCUUAUCGAGUGUAUCAUGGGGAAGGUAGCAGCACACAUGGGAAAGGAAGGAGAUGCAACUCCUUUUACAGAUGUUACUGUUGACAAUAUCAGUAAAGCUUUACAUAAAUGUGGGUACCAAAUGCGAGGUUUUGAGACCAUGUACAAUGGUCAUACAGGGAGGCGGCUAUCUGCUAUGAUUUUCUUGGGUCCUACAUAUUACCAAAGACUGAAGCAUAUGGUUGAUGAUAAGAUCCAUUCUCGUGGACGAGGUCCUGUGCAGAUCUUGACAAGGCAACCUGCUGAAGGACGCUCACGUGAUGGAGGUCUCCGAUUUGGGGAAAUGGAACGAGAUUGCAUGAUAGCCCAUGGAGCCGCGCACUUCCUAAAGGAGAGAUUGUUUGAUCAAAGUGAUGCAUAUAGGGUUCACGUGUGUGAGAAAUGUGGGUUGAUAGCUAUUGCUAACCUCAAGAAGAAUUCUUUUGAGUGCAGGGGGUGCAAGAACAAAACUGACAUUGUUCAGGUUUACAUUCCUUAUGCUUGUAAGCUGCUCUUCCAAGAGCUCAUGGCUAUGGCGAUUGCUCCAAGAAUGCUGACGAAGGAAGUCAAAGCUGCGAAAGAUCACAAGAAGAAAGGAGCCUGAUUUCAACCAAGUUGAAUUCCAUUGGAAGUGAGUCUAGUGAGUAGAGUUUCAUUGAUCUCAUGUUACUUUUUGAUCUUUCAUAAGGAUUGAUCUUCUCCAAGCAAACUAAUGUUUUGUACAUAUAGUGGAACAGUUC